CAACAACACUGUUGGGAGUCACAAUUGCUCGUGCAUGAGUGGAUAUAAUGUCACAGAUCCAAACCUCGCUAUAAACAAAAAUAACACCUGUGAAGAUAUAGAUGAAUGUCUGUUCAGUCCAUCUGUAUGUGGUCCAGAUUCCAACUGCACAAAUGAAAUAGGAAGUUAUAAUUGCUCAUGUCUGGAUGGAUUCACUGCAACAAACUCAAGUCUCCCCAUCAGCAUCAAUAACACAUGUAGAGAUAUAAAUGAAUGUCUGCUCAGUCCAUCUGUAUGUGGUCCAGAUUCCAACUGCUCAAAUGAAAUGGGAAGUUACAAUUGCUCGUGUCUGGAUGGAUUCACUGUAACAAACUCAAGUCUCCCCAUCAGCAUAAAUAACACAUGUACAGAUGUGGGUGAAUGUGUUGAGAUGUCAGACAUCUGUGGUCCAAACUCAAUCUGCAACAACACUGUUGGGAGUUACAAUUGCUUGUGCAUGAGUGGAUAUAAUGUAACAGAUCAAAACCUCCUAUAAACAGCAAUAACACAUGCAAAGAUGCAGAUGAAUGUUUGUUCAGUCCAUCUGUAUGUGGUCCAAAUUCCAUCUGCAUGAAUGUAAUGGGAAGUUAUAAUUGCUCAUGUUUUUAUGGAUUCACUGCGACAAACUCAAGUCUCCCCAUCAGUAC